AUGGCGUCCACAGUGCUCAAUGACGGCAACGGAGGCAACGCAUCCACAAGCGCGUUCGAUGGAUCGAUCAACGACCCGACCAAGAAGGCGUGGUACAAUGAGCAACCGUCGGAACGCUACUUUGGCUUGGAGAAUGUGAGUCGUCUCGAUCCCUGCACGGAUAUCCCCCUCGGCCGGGCCAGCCGGCAGUUGGGGAAUGGGAAUGGGUGCCAGUGGUCGGCCGGCGAGACACCCACACGAGCCGCAGCCAGGAGAGCACAUGGUGGAACCUUGGAUCACCGUACUGACCGCCGUGUGUUCGUGACCUGUACAGUUUGGCAAUACUUGGUCAGUUGUGCUGCGUUUUUACGCUCAGCGCCACCGCACUUCCGCCCCACGCAUGGUGCCGGCGAUCGUGGUCGCAGCAGUGGAAAGGACCGGCGGCGCACUCGCUCUCAUGAUUCGUUUCAGUAAUGGUUCCGCUUAGGCUGACAAUAUUGUACGGACUUGUUUCCGCAGUUACGCCAACUCGGUGCUGCAGUCUUUGUACUUUUCGAGACCGUUUCGAGAACUUGUCGAGACCUACUCGAAACCGGGCUCGGUACCGGCCACGACCCCGUCCAUCACCUCGUCGGUCUCUCACGAAUCCUCGACCCUAUCUCCACAACUCGGCAACAAUGCUAAGCCUAGCCUUCCACCGCUCAACACGACCAUCAGCGGCAGCGGCGGCGGCGGCGGCGGCGGCGCAAGUCCGGCCGGAAAACGAUCGAGCACCGCGCCGAGUGCCGGUCGGUCCAUGUUCGGUGUAGCGAAACGACAGGCCUCUGUCGAGGUACCUCCCCCAACCCCACCACAAACGACCAUCAACUCUCCGGGGAUGGUUGGAGGUGCUCCCUUAGCGCAUUCGACGACCGCCUCCACGACAGUUUCCUUCACCGGUGUCGGCACUCCUGUUCUAUCCGGCACCGGAUCCUUGACCAAUUCGGCUUCGGUCGCCUCCUCCGCCUCAGCCGCUGACUCGACCUUGCUGACGACCCUGCACGACCUCUUCUUGUCCAUCUCAACGCAACAAAGCUCUACGGGGACACUCGCCCCUCAGGCCUUUAUCAACCAAUUGAAAAAGGACAACGAGUUCUUCCGAUCGACAUUACACCAAGAUGCACACGAAUUCCUCAAUUACCUCAUCAACAUGAUCGCCGAGGCACUGGAGAAGGAUGACAAUACGAGGAAAGCCAAGGGGUAUCCGGGGAUGUUCAGGACGGGCAAGGACGGGGCGAAGACGUGGGUGCAUCGCCUGUUCGAGGGCAUUUUGACGAACGAGACACGGUGUUUGUGUUGCGAGACGGUGAGUGGUGAAUGAUUUGCCAACGCGACAGAACAGAUGCCUGACUCGGAUGCUUUGACCAAAACGAAAGGUCACCUCGCGCGACGAGGCCUUCUUGGACUUAUCGAUUGAUAUCGAACAAAAUUCGUCACUCACGGCUUGCUUGCGGCAAUUCUCAGCCAGCGAGAUGCUGUGUCAACGCAACAAGUUCUCAUGUGACAAAUGCUGUGGACUGCAAGAGGCGGAGAAGAGGUGCGGCAACGACUGAUCUUGAGAGUGACACUGCAUAUGUUACAGUCAGCUGAGCUCUAAGGUCACUUUCUUGCGCGGAUAGAAUGAAGAUCAAAAAGUUGCCCAACAUCCUCGCCUUGCAUCUCAAGCGAUUCAAGUACGAGGAAACAUUGCAACGCCACGUCAAGCUCAACUACCGCGUCGUCUUUCCCUUUGAGUUGAGGUUGUUCAAUACCGCGGACGGGGUCAAUAAUCCCGAUCGCCUAUACGAAUUGUGGGCCAUCGUCGUACAUAUCGGAGUGUGAGUGUCACAUCGGGUGAUCAGAAAGAAGUAUGAAAGUCCGACAAUCUGAUCCAACUUCUAAUUUGUAGUGGGCCGCACCAUGGACACUACAUUACGAUUGUUCGGUCCGGCGCACGUUGGAUCGUCUUUGACGACAACAACGUGUAUCCGAUCGACCAAGCCGACAUCUCAAAAUUCUUUGGCGACACCCCGGGUCAGGGCAGCGGCUAUGUCCUGUUCUACCAGGCGUGUGACCUCGAUGUGCGCGGACUGGGUCUACGCCACGAUGCGGCGCCUGCAGAGGCCGGUGCGCACGCAAGAGUUGGGGCCGGAUCCGCAGACGCAGGUGCCAAUGGGAUCAAGGAAGGGACUCGGCAGAGACAGCAGAGUCAUGCUUCAACAACUUACUCGAUCUUGACGUCGGCCUCGAACACGACCUCGAGCUCCAGUGCCAACGGUGGCCUCGGGCUCCGACUGGACGAAAGGGAUCGAGCCACAGCAACCGCAUUCGUCGCUCCGACAUUACCCUCCUCCUUGCAUCCUUCAGCUCAGAAUGAGCCGAGUCUCGAUCCACUAUCGCCAGCACCACCACCGCCGGCCACGACAGCAGCACAGGCGAAUGCACACAUGCCACCUUCGCCCUUCGCAGCAUCGACGACUUCGUUUCCCAACAAUCUCGCCGCACCUUCUCCACCUUUGCAACCCAGUACCGGCGGCGGAUGGGGCUUAAUGAAUAGGAAAUCGGUGUCGAACAAAUUGGGGCGGUCGCUGUCACUUGCUUCGUCAUCCAAGGAUGACGCGACACCACGGACUCAGCCUUCGCCGCAGGUGACGCAGCAUCAAUUGCCGUCGAAAGUGGUCGCGAGUCUGGCCAAUGGCCAGGGUCCAACAUUGGACAGCAACCCGGCAACCACCUUGCCGAGUACCGCAGAGGACGACGACCUUGCACCAGGCAUGAACGGGGUGCACCUCGAUGACGGGCGUACGAAUCCGACACCGAACCAGUCUUUGCUGAACGCCUCCACCACUUUGUCGAACUACCACGAGGGCAAACCCUUGCUCAGAACUUCUGCCGACCUUUCUGCCCCAUCACCCUCCGCCUCCUCGUCCCUGAGUGGCAGCGUCCUCAGGUCCACUCGAAGCUUCUUGGCUCGAUCAACGACCUCGAACAACCUCAGUGCAUCCGCCUCCGCCCCCAUGCCGAAUGGACGAUCUGGCGCCACGCUGUCGUCUUCGACGACGACGCCGAACCUCAGUGCGUCAGGACUCGAUGAAUCAGCGUCGCGGCUGAACGAGCGGAAUGGGUCGCUCAGUUCCGGUACCAGUGGAUCCGGUACGCCAAUCCUCGGCGGCUCGACCCUGGGUGUUUUUACCUCUUUCUCCGGCGGCGCUCCGGUGGACCAUGCCGUCUCGGCCCUUGGUAGUUCAAACCAGGGCCUGAGCAAGAAGGAGACAGAACGGCUCGAGAAGCGCCAAAGAGAACUGAUGAAGGCGCAACACAAGCUGGAGAAGAAGAAGGAAGAGGAGAGGAGGAAGAGGGACAAGGAGAUGGAGAAGGAGGCGAGGAAGAAGGAAGACAAGUUGAGGAAGAAGUUGACUGGUCGAGGAUGA